CCCAUUAAGAUUUAAAACACAACCAAAGUAUUUGUUGUAGAACUGAUUUAAAUUAAAGAAGUACUGGAUAAAAGACUCUGGUUUGAUGUCCACUGAGACAGUUAUAAUAAUUUGAAAUGAUUGAAACAUGUGCCUGUCACACACAAAUGCUGCCAAAUCUCACUCUAUCUAAGGCUAGAGAAGGUGAUCCUCCUUCACUGCCGUCCUACAGAGACAUAUUAAUAAUCUUCUUCAACAACUGAAUUAUUAGUUCCCUUUUGAAAUCACGAAAAAACGAGUAAGCCAUGGUACCUGGUGACCGAUUUCAUUUCAAUUUGUCAAAAAAAAAAAAAAACUGCUUGUGCCUGGUGGCAGAAAGGACAUUUGUAUCAGCGCUGAUCUAUUAAGUCAUUGUGCAGCCAUCAGAAAUGGCAGUUUGCAGGUUUGACUCCCAUAUGAGGAAAUCCCAGUUCUCAGGACGAGGUUACACCGCCACCGUGUGGGCAGUCUCAUGCAUUAGAGAAACAGACAGGAUUAGUUCUUACAUGUCUGGCAGAUUAUGUCCAGGCAUGUACCAGCCGCACAGAGAGGAGGGCCCAGUGACUCACUGGCCGCUCCCUGCCUUUAUAAAAGCAGCUCUGCAGACACACUGCUCCUUCACUCCGGAGGUGCUGAACAAGGCAGGAAGAUGUGCAGAAUCAUGGCUUCCCACAAGUCGUUGCUGAGUCCUCUGGGGGGGACCAGGCGGGCCCGCAGGAACCUGUUCGGCCCCGUGGACCGGGACCAGCUGCAGGUGGACUACCAGGCCGCGCUGCGUAAAGACCUGGACGAGGCGUCGAGACGAUGGGGCUUUGACUUCAAGUCGGACGAGCCUCUGGAGACCGGCGACUUCAAGUGGGAGGGCGUCCCAGAAACGAGGGUCCCGCUGCUCUACAGGUCAUGCGUGCUGGCCCCCAGACGGGCAGAGGGCCCGAGGGCGGCAGACGCCGUGGUUCUGACCAAAGGAGCGAGGGUGGAGAAGGAGAACCUCCCUCAGACGCCAGAGAAACGUGCAGGGGAGCUGGAGGCCCUGGAGAGAACGCCGGAGAAGGGAGACACCGCUGGGCUGAAGAGGAAACAGACAAACAUUACAGACUUCUAUCAGGCCAAGAGAAAAGUCGUGUGGAUGCCCAGGAAAUCUGGGGAGUGAUUCACAGAGAUGCUGCCGGAAAAAACGCCCAAGAAACCACACAGGCAGGCAGCACCUGACUCAGGAAUCAUAUGUUCCACACGGACUCCAGCAAUGAAUCACCUAAACAAAAAAAAAAACCCACAGGAGAGCUGCGUGUCACCGCUACGGCACACAGUUAAUUAGGGUGCCGCAUAGGAGGGGCCUGGCUGGCUUCUUCCCGCCCAGUGGUAAGAUUGGGACAUUUGAGCAGAAAAGAUUAACAGUAAUCCCAGGAAUCAGUGGAUUUAUACUCAUUUUGGAUCGAGGGGCUCGCCAAAGAGCCGUCUGACAUUCGCUGCAGCAGCUCUUACGGGGAAAUCUCAGCUUGUCGGUAACUCUCUACCUCUCACCGGAAAGAAGGAAGGCUGGAUGAAACGUUUUCAGAUGUCACUGGGGUUAUUGGGGUCGCAGGAAGAAGCCGAAGACCGGCUGAAAACUGGAGAGAAUCAGGGGGGAGGGGAGGGGGGAAGCACUUUGUCUCCUUUGUUCAAAUGCACUAUUGUUUUUAUUACAGUGUUUUUCUACUUUAAAUACCUUCUUGUACUGUUUUAAACCUACUUAAGGAGCUCUGAUAACUUGAGCAUGCAGAAGCUUUGCUUAGACUUUAAACGACGGACGUCCCAACUUGUUUCUUUCCACCCAGUGUGAAAUGGUUUAAGAUGAAUCUUUUUUUCUUUUUAAAUCAGCCCAGACUCUCGACAGAGGGAAACACCUUAGAGCUGGUGGCCUCUGGCGCAGCUAUUUAUAGCAUAUAUGUAGUAAUCUAACUCAAGAGAUUUAUUGACAGAAUUUAUUUUAGCCUUGUCAGGUACCAUUGAGUUAAAAAACACUUCAGCGUUGCACACAAAUCUGAUGGUGUUUCACGAGGCAUGGAGCAUCCAGCGCCACGUGGUUUUGUGCCGUUUUUUAAACUCCAGAGAGGACAAUCAGAAGAAAGUGUUCCUGGACACAAAUGUAUUAUUUGCUAAGCUGAAAUCACAAGCUGUAUUGUUUUUUUUAUUUAUUUAUGUUUCUUUUUGUUUCUAAGCACAGCACAGUUUUAUCAAAUAAAUCAUGUUCCUUUUUUUUUUUUUUUUUUCCCUGACAUUUAUCUCUGUUCUGGCAAAUCCUGCCGCUAUGGAUAAUCUGACCGGGUCACAGACAAGGGCCUGUAAUUCUAAUCCUUUACGUACUGACAGCUUUGAAAUGUCCACCGCUUGCAAAUCCAAGGCGAAAGAAUCGCCCCGAACAGCGAAAGCCCUUCUGUUGAUAGAUGCUUGUGCCCGGGUCCUGUAACUGCAUUGUUUAUGUUAAAAGCUAUAAAUAAGUGUAACCUUUAUUUAUUGAGCGAUUGUGUUCCAAGUGUCGAUUUAGACUGUUUUAAUUAUGACACGUCUGAACCUAAAUAAAAUGUUCAAGAGGC